GUUAACAUAAUACUUCAUCUUCGCACAGGCACCACUGUGGCGCGAACCACUGCAACGCUGUGAACUACUGCGCCGCACAGAGGCGCUACUGUAGAGAGCAGCCAUCAAGCAGUGUUGGGAAAACAACCGUAGAUUCUAGAUGCCACGUUUUUCAGUUGCCAAAGAACAUAUUUGAUUCAAAGUAACAGUGCCCAUUUUUGUAAGAUAUUCGGAUACAAAGUAGCCUCGUUGCGCAAACUUUGAAAGCUGUGGAAAAUAAGGAAGUAAAACGUUAGUUCUUGAUUUGGGAACUUAGAAGAGGAGCAUCAUCAUCAUGUUCAGUUGGGUGAAUAAGGAACAAGGAGGCAGAAACAAGGACGGCGAAAUGUACCAAACUGUGACGGAGGGUCUUCAACAACUUUACUCAAAAAAAUUAUUUCCAUUGGAAGAAACCUAUCUUUUCCAUGAUUUCCACUCACCUGCGUUGGAGGCAGCGGAUUUUCAGAGCAAGCCAAUGGUUCUACUGGUUGGACAGUAUUCUACGGGGAAGACGACGUUCAUAAGGUACCUGCUGGAGCAGGACUUCCCAGGCAUGCGGAUUGGCCCAGAGCCCACAACGGAUGGCUUCAUCGCUGUCAUGUACGGGGAGAACGAGGGGAUUGUCCCUGGUAACGCUCUGGUGGUCGACCCCAAGAAACCCUUCCGUAAACUCAACGCUUUUGGAAACGCUUUCCUCAACAGGUUAAUCUGCUCCCAGAUGCCUAACCAGGUCCUCCAGGGCAUUAGUAUAAUUGACACACCAGGAAUCCUGUCUGGAGAGAAGCAACGCGUUAGUCGAGGCUAUGAUUUCUCUGAGGUGCUGCGAUGGUUCGGAGAGCGGGUGGACCGCAUCAUCCUGCUCUUCGACGCCCACAAACUGGACAUCUCAGACGAGUUCUCUGAGGCCAUCAAGGCUUUCCGUGGCCAGGAUGACAAGAUCCGCGUGGUGCUGAACAAGGCUGACCAGGUGGACAGCCAGCAGCUGAUGAGGGUCUACGGAGCUCUGAUGUGGUCCCUUGGGAAAGUCAUCAACACACCCGAGGUGGUGAGGGUCUACCUGGGCUCAUUCUGGGCCAAGCCCCUGCAGAACACGGAGAACCGGAGGCUCUUUGAGGCAGAGGCCCAGGACCUCUUCAAGGACAUCCAGGGCCUGCCCCGGAACGCUGCCUUACGCAAACUCAAUGACCUCAUCAAACGAGCUCGACUUGCUAAGGUGCAUGCCUACAUCAUCAGCUACCUGAAGAAAGAGAUGCCGUCGUUGUUUGGGAAGGAGAAGAAGAAAGAGGAACUGAUCAUGAGACUUCCUGAGAUCUACACCAUACUGCAGAGAGAGCACCACAUCUCCCCUGGAGACUUUCCCAAUGUCGUCAAGAUGCAGGAGCAGCUCCAGCACUAUGACUUCAGCAAGUUCCCCUCCCUGAAGAUGAAGCUGAUUGAGUCUGUGGACAAGAUGUUGGCUAACAAGAUCUCCGGCCUGAUGACCAUGAUCCGUGACGAGGAGAGCAUGGCACCCCCCGCCAUGGUGAGCGGCGGGGCCUUUGAGGGCUCCCAAGACGGUCCCUUCGGCCAGGGCUACGGAGAGGGCAUCAGCGCCGGGUCUGACUGCGAGGACUGGAUCGUAAGCCGUGACAAACACAAGUACGAUGAGAUUUUCUACUCCAUGAACCCCAUCAACGGAAAGAUCAGUGGAGUCAACGCCAAGAAGGAAAUGAUGAACUCCAGUCUGCCCAACACAGUCCUGGGGAAGAUCUGGAAGCUGGCGGACUGUGAUAAAGACGGCAUGCUGGAUGACGAGGAGUUUGCCCUGGCGCAGCACCUGAUCAAGGUGAAGCUGGAGGGGUACGAGCUGCCCACCGAGCUACCUCACCACCUGGUGCCUCCCGCCCACAGGAAGAACGAGGUCGCUGACAUCCUCUACAACCAUGACGAGAACUAAAGACAAGCCAAAAAAACACCAAUGGAGAGGACACUCUAUUGUGUCCCAAUGCUCAAACUUGUGCACUAUGUAGUAUGGUGUAGAGGUCGACCGAUUAUGAUUUUUCAACGCCGAUACCGAUUAUUGGAUGACCAAAAAAAAGCCGAUAACGAUUAAUCGGCCGCUUUAAAAAUAAA